AAAAUAAGCAAAAAUGAAGAGGGACGGUCGUCAACACGGCUUCGUUCGGACUGGGAUGAUUCAUCCGCCAAGAUUAAAUCCACGACUCACAAACCAAUUUGUGAACCGACUGGAUUCACCAACCGCUUCCACAAAAGUGCCAUCAAAACCUACCAAUCAUUCAAAAUUCCCUGGAAAAUGCGAGCGCUCCAAGUAUAGUAAUUUCCAUGUGUCACCAGCUAUAAAGUCUGCCGGCAAAUCUAAAAGUCGUCAAAAGUUACAAUCGGGAGAUUGGUGGGUUGAGGAUAAAUUAGACCGGCUUGUUGGGUCGGAUUCGUCCUCUGCUAAGGAUAUUUUGGAUACACUAUAUGAUAAAGAUUAUGAUGGUCAUGUUUAUGAACAUGAUGAUGAUCAUGAUGAUUUUUAAUCAUCUGACUAAAAGUUUGAGUUAAUAUUUUCUUUUUUAUAUGUAUUACAAGUUACGCAAACAAAAAUAAUAAUGUAACAACUACGGAAAUAAAAUGUAACUAGGUGUUGAUCCGCGCCCUGUGCGGAGUGAGAUUAUUUUGACUUUGAUCGAAG